AUGGUGAGCCCUCUGGCGCGCUGCUCGCUCUGCCAAGCCUCGUACAGCAGCGGCAGCGUGGGGCUGGCAUUCGGCCUGGUGGUUGCAGCGGGCGCGUGCACCUGCCUCGGCGCGUCCCUUGUGUUCUGCUCGUCGCUCGCCAACCACCGCCUGCUGUCCGGCGCGCUCGGCGUGUCGGCCGGCGUGAUGACGUACGUCUCCUUUGUCGAGAUCUUCUGCGUGAAAGCGGUUGGCGCCUUUGCCGACGCCGGCUUCUCCGACAACGAGGCCUGGCGCUACUCCACCCUGUGCUUCUUUGGUGGCGCCGCGGCCACCUGGCUGCUCGGGCGGCUCGUGCACGCGCUGCUGCACGUGGCCGCGGCAGCGGCGGACCGCCGGGAGCGCCGCGUGCAGGCGGCGCGCCGGCAGGGCCCCGGGGACGUCGAAGCUGGCGGCGCACGCGCCGCCGCCGCCGCCGCCGCCGCCCCCGAGGCCUGCCCGCAGGCCGCCGCGGCUGCGACGGCGACUGCUGCGCCGGGCCCGCAGCCGGCCCCCGCCCGGGGCGCCGAGGAAGACGGCGCGUCUGCGGCGUCUGUGGUUUGCGAGGCGUGUGGCGGCGGCGCGCGGUGCCCCGAGGCGCCGCCGAUGGAGAUCCCAAAGGGCGAGAGUGCCGAGAUGAGGAGGGUCCUGGAGGCCGACCACCACACCUCCCUCGCGCGCACGGGGCUGCUCAGCGCGCUGGCUGUCGGCAUGCACAACGUCCCAGAGGGCCUCGCCACGUUUGUUGCCGCCCUCGCCAGCCCCAGCGCCGGCGCGGCGAUCGCCGUGGCGAUCGCGCUGCACAACAUCCCCGAGGGCGUGGUGGUCGCGAUGCCCAUCUACUACGCGACAGGGUCGAAGUGGAAGGGCUUCUUCUGGAGCUUUGUCAGCGGCGCCGCCGAGCCCAUCGGCGGCCUGAUCGGCUACGCGCUGAUCUCCGCCGGCGGCGGCGUCGGCAAUCCCCUAGCAUUUGCCGUGUCCUUUGGGUUUGUGGCGGGCGUCAUGGUGUACAUCGCAGUCAAGGAGCUGCUGCCCACGGCCCUCAGGUACGACCCCGAAGACACGUUUGCCACCUCCGGCUUUUUCGGCGGCGCGGCGGUGAUGGCAGCGAGCCUGCUGCUGUUCAAGGUCUAG